CAAUGAAAUCCGCCGGAUACCGCAGUGGAUACAAUAAGUGCGACCCAACUUUCUGGAAAAGCUUAUUACCUAGCCGUUAACGCAUUGUGUGGGACAUCAGAAGAUAUACAUUGUAUGUCGGCUGUUUUUUUGUUUGUUUUUUUUUAAUCGCAGAGCUCACUAUUACGUGGGUUGGACUGCAGUUUCCGCAGAUUCCCCCAAUUUUACUGUUCGGUACAUGUGGUUAACAUCGCCUUCUGCUGGACAGGAGGUCUGACCCUGAAAAGACGAGAAAAUUUCUCACUAAUGAUUUUAAUUUCACAGUACUUUAAAUACAACAUAACUCAUGUAGAAUGGUGAAACUGAAGAUUUGUAGACCACAAGGGGAGAAGACACUAUUCUGACCUUAUUCUCAAUAAUGCAGUUUUGUCUUAAUUGCAUAGAACUAAUGGUAUGACUCGGACCACAAGGUGGUAGAUUGUUUACCAAUCAAGAAUGAAUGAAUGAAUGAAUGUAACUGCAAGACUUUUUCUAAUCCAAAAUGUCUCUAAUCCAUAAAAAUUAUUUGAUUAAUCAGAUUACAUCUAUCCUCAAAUCAAAGUAUUAAGGUCUAUUUUAUGGCAUCCAACGUGACUGCUGUAGCAUUUUGCAUACGGUGUUUAACUUUACAUACAUCUUUUUUACACCACUUGGCAUAAUACAGUCAGCAACACACAAUGUCCUGUAUAUACAUUCUCUUGAAUGACAAAAUAAUCCCUUUUGCAGAGACCUAAAACAUUUUCUAAAGGGAGAGACCAGAUUCUUACACCGUUCAGUUUAGAGCUAUCAAUUAUGUAUGGCGUUUAUUGAAAGCAGUUGGUCCAGUUGCGGGAAAGAUUUGUCAGUUGUUUGCUGUGCGUCAAGCUGAGUAAACCACGGUGCAACCACAAAAAAAAAUGUCAGUCAUUUAUCUGCCUUUCAUAAACUCGGUGUUUCAUGGCACGCUGAACUGCAAUUACCGUACUGACCCGAAUAUAGCUGGGCACAUUUUUCUGGAAAUGACAUUUUAAAAAGCAGGCAUGACGAGCGCCUGUCCAGAGUGUUUGAUGAAGUGAUGGGGCUGGGAGACUUUGCUGACUCCUCUAGGGGCUCUGCCACCUCUUCCAGGAGUGGAGGUCAAGAUGACACAAAAGGAGUAGAUGAAACUUCAAGACAAGGGGAACCGCAACAGGUAGAAGAAGAAGAUAGCACUGGCAGCGGACAAGAAGAAAAGAUGGAUGAGGGGCUGGGAGAGUCAUCUUUUCCCCGCAGCUCCUCCCCCUCCCCUGGCCGACACUCCUCGUUUACCUUGAGAACCAGUGAAGGAGGAGGAGGAGGAAGUGGAGGAGCAGCUUUUGAUGACGCACUGGAUGGCCUACCUUCAUAUGGGCCGGAAGAAGAUGAUGAAGACUGGCACUUUGCGUUGCCAAUGGGUUCCUUGGAAGAUGUCGAUGUGGGUAAAGCAAACAGAAAAAUAAGCCAACCAGAAGAGGGGAACAACUCAAGUAGAGGCAAUCCCUUCGCUCGUGAGCCCAGAGGGGAGGAGGAGGAGCAAGAAAAGGAAGGGAGCACUGGGUCUGCCAACACCUCUCACUCCUCCCAGGACCACACACCUGACAACAGCCAAGAUGAAGGCAUCCUUAACCAGGCAGAGGAGACAGAAGACAGCCAGCAGGGAGAGAGGUCAGAAGCAGCUCCAGUGGAGGACAGUAAUCCCCCAUUGUCACCUAGUAUCAAUAUUAAAGAAGAGCCCAUUGACGAGGGCUACGAUGCUGCUUUACUGCCUCAGAGCUCCAUCAGACAGAUCAAAGAGGAGCUGGAGCAUCAGGAGGAAGAGCUGAGAAUCAGCUCUGUCUACUCUGUAGGAGGAGCAAACACCUUUUCAUCCCCCUCUGUGCCAGCAGGAGUCCCAGUCCCCCCUCCAGCAGCUAUUUUUAUCCCAGGUAGAGGUGCUGUCCUACAAGCUAUGGCUCCCCUUCCUGUCAGACCACCAGCUCCAAUCCCAAAUUCACUUCCAGCUCUGGCACCAGUGCCUCCACGCCCACCUCAGCCCCCUGUUCCUGGUAGUGUUCGCUGCAGUGGCUGCUCUAAGGUUCUGCUGAAAGGCCAAACUGCAUUCCAAAGAAAAGGAUCAACGCAGCUCUUCUGCUCCACAGUCUGUCUGACCGGACAUCUGCCUCCAGCCAACAAGAACAGAUCCUGUUUCCAGUGCAACAGAGAGAUCCUUCAGCCCAGGGACAUGAUCACAAUUCCAGCAGACGACAGCACCUACAUGCACUUUUGUGGCCAGUUCUGUCUGUCUGUCUUUAGACACAAAAAGAAACAUGCUGAGAAGAUCCCUGACAAAUGGGCUGACAAACGACUUGAGAGGAAGCCUGAGAAGCCGCCUGAGAAACCAGUGGAGCGACAGCCUGAAAAACCUUUUUGCAGUGUCUGCAGAGUCACUAAUAGGCAGAUUGAGCAUGAGGUUACCCAUCAAGGUCGCCUGCACAGACUCUGUAGUGAUGCUUGUUUUGUAACAUGGCGCAAGAUGCGUCAGUUAGCCAUGAACUGCUGUGAAGGCUGUGGACUUUAUUGUAAUAGCAACUCAGGCUCCUGUCAGACGCUCACGAUUGAAAGAUCUCAGCUCAACUUCUGUGGUCCUACCUGCAUUGGCACCUACAAACAGAACUGCAGAAAGAUGGUUGAGUGUGCCUGCUGUCACAAGAUGGCGAUAGUGUCUUCCACCAUCAUAGAACGAGACCAAAGGGGCAAAAUUCAACUUUACUGUUCACCUGCUUGUGUGGAACAGAGCCGACCACCCCGACAUACUCUCACUGGUACUCCAUUCCCGUGCUGCCUGUGCAAGGUGUCAGCCGUUCCUCAGUAUCAUCUGGCCAUGGUGGAUGGCACCAUUCGUAACUUCUGCUCCUAUGACUGUGUUUCUAUAUACAGGAAGUCCGGGCACCCCUCUCAGCUGGACCUGACCAACGGAACCUCCUCUCUCAGGGAAACCUCUGUCAGAGAUGCCCCCAAACCAGGGCCCUCUGCCGGAGCCAGCUCAGUCCCACCCAUCCCUCAGGACUACCCAUCUUCAGUCCCCUACCCUGGCCAUCAUCCCAGUCAUACCUCAGUGCCCCCACUGGUGUCUCCCUACCCAGCCAUGUCCUCCCCCUCGGUCCCAGGGCAAGCCCAGGCCAGAGCACCCCCUGGUCAGCCCCUGAAACCAAAAGAGGGCGGGCACAGUGACACGUCCAAACUGACCUGCCAUCAGUGCAGCAAACAGUUCAACACCAAGCCGCUGCUAUUCAGUCACCAAGGGCGUAUUUCUAUGUUCUGCAGUAAGAUGUGCUGUGACCAGUAUAAAACCCAGAAAAAUAUCCUUCUGCUGUGUGAGUGCUGUAAACAGGAGAAGGUCCCCUUUGACAUAAUCAGCUACAACCAACAGGACUUGGUCUUCUGCAGUGAAAGCUGUAAACUGCUCUUCAAACAUGACCUGACCUCUUGUAACAAGGAAUACUCCUGGCGUCCCUGCACCUACUGCUCCGGCAUCAGCCAGAAAAUGCUGCACAGCCACUAUGGAGGCAGGAUUGAGGAGUUCUGUAGACCCCACUGCAUGUCCCAGUACACUGUGCUCUACUAUGGGAUGGGGAGAUGUGACAGUUGUAGGAAACAGGGCUACAUGACGGAGAAGCUGCAAUGUUUGGGUUCAGUCCGUAACUUCUGCAACCUGCCCUGCCUCCUACAGUACUGCUACCAGCAUUUUGAGACAAGUCAACACAGCAGCAGUAAUGGUACUGGAACGGCCCCACAGACACCAUAUGCUCCAACCCAACCCCACCACUCCUCAAAGAUGAAUCCUGUCAUAGCUGAUGUGGUCUCUUUGGCCAGUGGCUCUGCUACUCAGCCAAGUAUGUCAGCAGAUGCUGCUCUGACUGGAGCACUUCCAACCUCAAACGUUGACGGCAAGAACCUCGACCAUGCCAGUACUCAGACUGAUGCCAUGCGUGUGCCUGCGUCUCGUCGGCGUCAAAUGAAGAACAAGUCAGUUCUGUGUCGACCCUUCACUAUGGACCAAGAAAGCAUGUGCCAGCUGCCCACAUCUUCAACUGACUCAGCAGCUACCUCCCCAGCAGGAGAGGAGAAUGUGAAGGUGGUAAUGGUACCAGUCCCAGUACCGGUCUUCAUUCCAGUGCCUAUGAACAUGUACACCCAGCACACACCCGUUCCAAUGGCUGUGCCCAUGCCUGUUCCAGUACCCAUGGUACUACUACCACAGAACAAGGACAUGAAAGAUGCAGCUGUCCAGUCAGAACCUUUGGCUGUGAAGGAAGAAAAUCAGAAUGAUGGGCCCGUUUCCAGUGCAGACCAGAGCAGUUCUGAUAGUGGAGACAUAAAGUCACCGGCUGUCGCACCCAUAAUCCGUGAAGAUGAGGAUACUCAAAAAGCAGUAAAAGCCGACCUGCCUUUUACUGUAAAUUCAGAGAGGAGCGCAGAGUCUACUGAUCUCCAACUUAAUGCCCAGGCAGGGAGCAGGACAACAAGCGAACCACCUACCACCAGUGCCGAGCAUCAGUCUCCCUCCUCUCCAAUGAUGGACUUGGAGACUGACUUCCCAUCAGAAUCAUUGGGUCCGAAGUCCUCUGCUCCACAGCGAGGAGUAAAAAGGCCUAGAGACGGUUACUCCGGCCGGAAACGGGGUCGAAGACGGACUGUUUCAUUGGACCGCAGUGCAGUGGUGACUCCCACCGCCUCCAAACUGAACCACCUGUAUGGGGUUAAAGCCUGGAAGAGCUGGGUCCAACAGCGCAACAGAGAGCCAGGAGAAUCCAAUCUAGUGGAUAUUAAAGAAGACAUCCUUCAAUGUGACUCUGCUGAGCUGAGCUUUGCUCUGUCUCGCUUCAUCAGAGAAGUGAGACGGCCCAAUAGAGAGACCUACAGCCCAGACAGCAUCUUCUACCUCUGUCUGGGAAUACAACAGUAUCUGUUCAUGAAGGGCCGCAUAGAGAACAUCUUUACUGACGAGCUCUACAAUCAGUUUGCCACCGAGAUCACUGGGAUGCUGCGACUCUGGAAGCCUAAAUCGCUACCUAGCGGUGGCCUUGUUUCCUCUCGUGUUGAAGAGUCCUACCUGUGGGACUGUAAGCAGCUGGGCGCUUACUCACCCAUAGUGUUGCUCAACACACUGCUCUUUUUCUGCACCAAAAACUUCCACUUCACUACAUUGGGGCAGCACCAAAGUCUCUCCUUUGUCAACUUUACUGGACGCUCCAAACACUGCAGCCGAGCCGGCAAAGUCCACUACCUCCAGUACCAGAGAAGCAGCUCUGCCACGCCCAGCCGGGAAGACACAGAGCGAUCCAGAAAAAGGCAGGCAGAGAAUGAGGGAGACAUGGAGAUGCUAGAAAAUGUCACCAAUCCUCUACACUGUCCUGUGAGACUCUACGAGUUCUACCUCUCUAGAUGCCCAGAGUCGGUGAAGAAGAGAACUGACUUGUUUUACCUCCAGCCUGAACAGAAUGUGCACACACACAGUUCACACUGGUACACUGCUCAACCAUUAGAGGGAACCACUCUACAGAGCAUGCUCACACGCAUCUUGGCUGUCAGAGAGGUUCACCAGGAACACGAAGCAGCGCAGCACCAGUCCUCAGCCACCACUGCUGAUAAGAGCUUACAGUAAUAUAAAGCCUGUCUGCCUACCCAUGAUCUUCUCUGCACCAGACACUCUCUCUGAUGCCGAACGGUUCACAGUCGAUUCAAACUGUACAUACACCCAUCAGUCAUUUCAGACUGAGGCUGACAGGUCUGUGAGACGGGGGACUUCAUGUACGGACCACCAGGCUUUCACAGAAAGAACAAACCGAGAUUUGAUGAAAUAACAAUCUGUCACAAAGAGAGACAGUUUUAAAGAACUGGGAUUGUGGGAUAAUUGUAUUUAGUUACCUCAGUGGCCAUCUCCUCCUCACAUAAAUGCACAAUGAGUUUACAAACAUCUGAUACUGUCAAAUAUGGAAAAGGGAUGAGUAUUGUUAAUGCAGCAUUUAUCACAUUUAGUGGGUUGAUUUACUACCAGUGAUGGUCAAUGCCAAACCUGUCAGAUGUACUGUUAUAAUAUUAGACUAGUGGGAACAGCAAACUGCUUAUGAAAACAGUCAGAGCUGCUGUAAACAGUGAGAGGGCUUUUUUUUAUAGUUGUUUGCCCCUCUUUACAUCGGCAAUUGCUUACAUGGAGAAUUUUGACUAGUAUAGAGUUUUUAAGGCUGAUCCUGGUAUUUAAGGACUGAACAAAAAAAACACCAAAAACUAAAAGACUGACAUUUUGAGCAGGUUUUGUUAUUAAGUCAUCUGCACAAAACUUGGUAAAAAUGUCACUAGAUUGGGGGGAGCACUUCCUACAGAGUCCCAUUGUAGUAUUGAUAAAUUAAAUAUUAAAUAUGUAGUUUGAAAGAUCUGCAUCAAAUUCAUCACAUUAGAGGUGGAUGACAUUGACUGGCUGACAUCUGACAUUUGAUUAAAAGCCAAUAUGUAAUCUAAUAUGUUGUUAAACCAAUAUAUAUCAGUGUAACCCUUUUUGUAAUGAGAUUCACAGUGCCUCUCAUCUUUUGUUGUUUUAUUUUCGAAUAGUUAUCUGUUAUUGUGCUGUUCCCCUUUUAUAUUCUUCAUCCUCUGUGGCCUUAUUUCCUUCCCAACAACUUUCCCUACUCCCUACGUCUUUCACUCUGUUUGCUCAUGUGCAUUUGCCCCCCUUUUUUCCCUGUGGUAGUAAUGUAUGUAUACCUGUACAGUAUGUCCCCCUUCAUUCCCUUUUAUGGCUCCUUCUUCCUAACAGUUUUAAUGUUCUCCCCUGAGACAUUAUUCCUUUGUUUUGUUUGUUUGUUUUUUCUUCCAUAUGCCUUUGUUCCUUAAUCUGAGGAAAUUGAAUAUGGAGAUUUGAAAAAGCAGCAAACAACUCAAAGUACUAGCAAAGUACUUUUCCUGACUCUAACCCAAACCCUUGAGGGUUGAUGGUUUUCAUUUUCCAUAUAUACAAUAUAAAAAUACUAUGACAUUGUGCCUAACAUGAAACUAAACUAAUAGCCAUCAAUGGCUAUCAGUUCUCUAAGGUCUACUCAUUCCUGUAGACCUUAGAGAAGGCAAUAUAGUCUGAACUUCUUUCUAAUCUGGUAUACAGGCAGUCCUGGUGACUUACUCCAUAGACAAAACUGUGUGUGAUAAACCCUCAAAAUCUGAAGCUCGACCAUGGCACAUUGCAUGUCCAUGAUAUGCUGGUGACAACCAUUUCAUGGAAUUUUGGAUUGUAUCUUGGAUUUUUUGAAAACGAAAAUCUUAAAAUUUCAUGUCAGAAUUCUUAAAAUUAAAAUUAAAUAUCGAAGACAUAUGUUGAUAUGUUGAAAUUUCACAUCAAUAUUAGCAUUUGUUCUUUUUUGUGAUAAUAAACGCUCAUUGUCAUUUUGUAUAUUUUGUCAUAGAGGUCAACAUGCCUUCACUUUCGCCUCAUGGUCACAUUUGAUUUAAAAUCCGUGUUAUAGUGUAAAUGAGUUAUAAGCACUACAAAUCACACCAGCCUGACAUCUCUCCCGUGCUCCAUGCUAAAAAUUUAAGAAUUCACAGUCUUGACUGAUGGUAUCCAUUUGCAUUAUCCAGACAAAGGGUUCUGGAAAUGUUUGUGAAUAUCUUUAAACAACAUACCUUAACACACUGUCACUGCUGCUGGCGCAAAAGAAAUAUUACUGUUCUGAAUAUUGUCGCUGCUGUCUGAAACUCCCGUAGGUGGAUAAAAGAUUGUUUAGUAAGACAAGACCCAAAGACAGUCUGAUGUUUUAUCGUCAUGCACAAAAUGCUGUAUUGCCAUGAAGUAUUAAAAGUUCAUCUUAUUCCUUUUUUUCCUUGGUUGCAAGAUAGAGGAUUUAUAUUGCAAGCAUGAUGGAAAUGAAAUGUGAUGUUGAGAGUGUAAUUGAAGUCUGUGCAGUUUGGAAACAUUGAUUU